AUGGCUCACCAUAGGGCCGGCAGCCCAAUGGACUAUGACGCAUCAGACGACGAUAGUGAUGAUCACUAUUUCAGGCGUGUUGUCGCAGCUGCCACUUUGUUAUGCGUCGGAUUUGUGUAUAGAGAACCAUCACGCCGAAGGGAAGCGCAGGACCAUUGGCAGCGCUCGGGCUCCACGGUAUCGGAGUAUUUCUCAAAAGUACUUGAAGCGGUUUGCCAAUUAAAAGUAGACUUCAUACGGCAUCCAGAUUUUACUGCCGUCAAUCCUCACAUAAUUGCAGGUGGGAACAAGUAUUCGCCGUGGUUCGAUGAUUGUGUUGGAGCACUAGAUGGUACGCACAUUCCAUGUGUGCCUCCCCGUGAAACGGCCGAACUUUACAGAAAUAGAAAGGGAUAUUUCUCGCUUAAUGUGCUUGCAGUUUGCUCAUUUGAUAUGAGAUUUACGUACAUGCUAUCUGGCUGGGAGGGUUCAGCACAUGAUGUGAGAGUACUUGCGUCCGCGUUAGAUCACCCGCGGAAACGAUUUCCGAUUCCGCGACCAGGAAAAUUCUACCUCGUCGACUCAGGCUACGCAAACAACGGAUGUUUCAAGGCACCAUAUCGGGGAACAACAUACCAUUUGCAAGAGUAUAGGAAUCGACGGGGUAGAGGCUUCCGCAGUGGACGUGAAUUGUUCAACUACACGCACUCCUCCCUGCGUAAUGUAAUCGAAAGAACAUUUGGUGUAUGGAAUGCCAUAUUUCGUAUUUUGAAAACCAUUAACCGUUACCCCAUUGAAAAGCAAGUUAAGGUUCCGGUUGCAUGUGCUAUAAUUCAUAAUUUUAUCCAUAUGUACCGUAAUGGAGAUAGACUAUUAGAUCAGUACUCACAGGAUGGCGUUCCGGUUGCUGACAUUGAUCUACAGAAUGUUGAAGAGGAUAUCAAUGACAAUAACAACCACGAAGGACAACCAUUGAAUAAUGAACCGGAACUGGAGAUGAAUGCGUUAAGGGAUGCAAGAGCGCAUACAAUGUGUGCAGUGUACCGUAAUCGUCGUACGGGCUAA